AUGCAUUUAUUAGACAUCAUUUUUCUGAUCGAUCAUGCUUGGACAUUUCAUCCACAAAUUGCACGUAAGCAGCUAAAUGAAGUCCCUGGCCUGUUGGAUUGGGCGAGAAGAUUGAGACCACAGCAGACACAUUCUGAUUACGAAGGAAGCGAUGAUGAAGUACAAACGUCAUGUAAGAUCAACAUCAUCAACGAGAAUGUAUUAAAUAGCAUGAAACAUAGAGUCAAUUUCGAAAAGCAUCAUUUAAAAGCAUAUUUGCAUGGCGAAAAACCAAAUGAAUGUGAUUUGCGCUGUAGUAUAUGCCGGAUGAAUUUAGCGUUCGCAUUAAUCACUGUUAGCCACAACUGUCGUACGUUCAGCAUUGCAGAACUUGUUACACGUGAUACAAUGAUCUUGAGAAAUAAGCCAAAUUGGCGUAAAGUUUUGAUGCUUCCAUGGACUCCUGCUGAUUUGGCAGGAAAAAAGAUUGUGUGUAUUGUUGCUCCAAAAUCACAUUUCACACGUGGUGGUCUUCUUGAUAUCUUACUGAUUAAUGCUCCUUUUGCAGUUCUAGUAUUAAUUUGUUUUCAAGAAAGACUCUUGUAUGAUAAAAAUCCAAAAGCUGUGGUUAAUCAGUUUCCGUAUGAUGGAUGGGUUUUAACAAUUAAAGGCGCUACAGUGCGCCACAAAUAUCGCGAGAUAGGAAACUUCAUGGGACCUAUUACGCUGAAAGCUUUUUGUGUCCAGCUUUUCUUAAAAUUCAAAUUAACUAAAGAUUGUUUGAUGUUACGUGGAAAUUUUCAUUUGGACACUCACGUAACCGAUAACAUUUCAUACAUCAUUCGCCUUAUUGAAAGUGGGCUGAAGAUUGUAACUAAUAUUAGUCUAUUUUGCGACACUUUUAUAAAUUGUAAAUAUAUUCAUCAACCUGUUUGUUCUCAAAGGCGCGACAACGGAAAUAUGGUGAAAUUUGACUUGCAUUAUGCAUUAUUUUUGUGUAGUUUGCGGCCUUUGAAACUAUCCUUGUACAAAAAUUUUUUGUACGACUUGCUAUAUUCAGGACUGGAAUUUUUCGCUUGCGAACUGGAUGAUUACGAUACCCAGUUGACUGUCUUCAGUUACAUCGAUAAGAAUAAGAUUUUGAAUGAAAGUUGCAUUUUUUUCAUUUCUGGACAGCUUGAUCUUGUGAUGGAUUGCAACAGUUUUAUUCGUCGAUGGGAGAAAUUAUACUGUAUAAAAUGGGAUGGAGUGCAGAUGAAAAUCAACGGAGUUACAGUUUUUUCUCUUGCAUUGUUAACCAAUGUUCGACCAAGUUCUUUUAGUGAAAAGGCUCCAUGUGGCAUCACAGCUGAUGGACAAUCUGGUGCAAUAAACCAAAAAAUUUUACAUCUUGCUACGCGUAAACGAUGUGUUUCGUUUAUCGAAAGAGAUUUGCUGUCAGACUGCAGCCAGGCAUGCGAAUUUUAUACACAUUUCGCCGAUACAACUUUCAAAGCACUCUUUACAUACGAAGAUAUUUCUGACAAACCUCCUCUAAAUUUCAUAUUUGCGCAAAUGAAUAGCUUUCAAUGUCUUGCACCAGCCGAUACCUGA